UUGGAAAAUGAUAUUGUGAAAAAAAAAAUGUCGACGAAAAUGCCCGUGUGUGGAAACAUUUACCGGCAUUUCUUAAUUUUUAUUUCGAGGUGUUAGUGCUAUUCGAUAUAAUAUGCUAAUGCGAUGUUUGAUCGGUUUUUCACACGAAGUAAUCUUAAUUGUUAGUGGUUUUUGGGUAUAAAUUGUUAUCAGUGAUUUUUUUGUUUUGUUUUUUCUUGUUCGUUUGGUCUUCAGUUUUAACACUUGUAAUGGUUAAAGGAUCUAUGAUUUAUGAGUUUAAAGUGUGUAAGAAACUUCAAACUACUUAAUUAAUUUUUUUAUUCGUUUAGUUUUCUUCAGUCACAUGUAUUAUUGUUUAUAAUAAAUGAACUGGCACGAGUCAUACAUACAUUUUUCGUUUGACGCUAUCCGGUGAUAUCAGUUUCAGUCUUCAGAUAACCCGUACAACUGCAACUAUAAAAAUAUGGCAAUUCAAAGGAAAUAUCUUUUCAGCUACAUUUCAUUCAUAAAUUAUGUACUGAAGUCGUGUUUUAAUAGAACCAAAUCUCUAGUCAUAAGGUCGACAAUGCUUCGUGAUCUCAGAGUCAACAUCCUUUUUGGAUCUGAAAUACAAUUUAAAUGUGUUCCUGACAAUAUAUUGGAAAAGCUUGUAACACAUUAUUAUGACAAUAUAACAAUUCUAAAACACAAUUUAGAAAUUCACAAUUGUAUAUUUGUCAGCCAAGAAACAUUAAACAAAUUAAAAUUGAACAACAUGCAAUGGGUACUAGUCAACGUUAAAACUACGGGUUCCCACAGUUUACCUUUGUCACGCUACAACAGAAUAAUAGUGUUGAACUCUUAUAAAGAAUCUGAGUGCAUUCUAACUUCGACAAAUUUAUUUAAUCUAACUGAUUGCAAUCAUACAUGUGAAGUUUGUAUGUUGAGAAUUAUCAAACCAUUAAAAGACUUUGAGCCAAAAAUAACACCAAAAGUAUCAAUAUCUGUUAUGAAACCUUUGAUAUUUAAUGCAGAAACACAAAAACUACUGGACAUAACACUUAACAAUUAUUUUUCUUUACCAAAAUGUGUAUCAGUAGGAGAUAUAAUAAAAUUGGAUUUAAAAAAGUCUUACCCAGAAACAGAAUAUCUAUUAGAACCUACUAGUAUUUCAAUUUAUUACAUUAAAAUUGUUGAGGUGGAAGAAAGAAGUGUAAAAAUAAAUUUAUACAACUGUAAAAAUAAAUUUUAUAUAUCUAGUUUACAUACUAAAUUAAAUGAAGUUCAAUAUUCAACCAACACAUAUUUACCUAUGGAAAAAGAAUUUGCUAUAAAUAAUUUAAAAAAUGUAAACAUAAUUAAUUUCAAUGAUUUUAUUUUGAACAUAUUUCCUGGUGGAAUGAAUGAUGAAGGGGAAUUAAUUGUGUCAAUGAUCAAACCAUUUAUUCAACAAAGUCUUACAGAUUUUCAAUCCUUAAAACCAAUUUUUUUAGUUUAUGGAGUUAAUGGAUGUGGCAAAGAAUUAUUAAUUGAAUCGGUGUCUAAAUACCUUGGAAUACAAUACAUAUCUCAAUGCUGUUUUAAUUGGCCUACAAACAAUAUUGCCCAAUUUAAAAAAAGAAUAGAAUACUUUUUUGAUGAUAUUAGAAAAAUGACACCAUGUUUAUUACACUUGGAAAAUAUUGAAGCUUUUUGUUUAUCUUCUACAAAAGAUUUAGAACAAGAAAUUUUGGAUAUAUUUAUCAGACAAAUAAAUGUCAAAACCAAUAAUCCUAUAAUAAUUAUUGCUACUGCAAACUCCAGAGAAGAACUAAGUCCUGUUUUUUUAAGACUAUUUUUGCAAAGUCAAGAAGUCGGAAAUUUAAGUAAAAUAAAUCGAGAACAAUUAUUGAAAUGGAUUUUGAAAAGAGAUUCUGUUGCAUUAGACAACAUAAUGAUUAAAACAAUUGUAGACCAUACUUCUGGUUUCAAUUAUACAAAUUACAUGACACUGCUGUUAUUAGCUGUAAAGAAUCAUAUGUCUGUACAUAAUAUUAAAUCUACUGAUGUCGUACUGGAAAAAUCUGAUAUAAUGGUUUCAAUAGAAAAAAUAAAUUUGGUGUUCACAAAAUCAAUUGGGGCACCAUCAGUACAAGUCGUAAAAUGGGACGAUGUUGGUGGCUUAAUAAAUGUGAAAGAAGAAAUUAUGUCUGCAUUGAAACCAUCAACAUUUAAUAUGAGGAGAUCAGGAAUAUUAUUAUAUGGCCCACCUGGGACUGGAAAAACAUUAUUAGCAAAAGCUGUGGCAACUGAAUGUAAAUACAACUUUUUAUCAAUUAAAGGUCCUGAAUUACUCAAUAUGUAUAUAGGACAAAGUGAAGCUAACGUAAGAGAAGUGUUUAACAAGGCUCGUUCAGCUGUACCGUGUAUUUUGUUUUUUGAUGAACUUGAUUCGUUAGCUCCAAAACGAGGUCAAAAUGGAGAUUCUGGAGGUGUUGGAGAUAGAGUUGUAUCACAAUUGCUUACUGAAAUGGAUGGAAUGACAUCAGAAAAUCAACAAAUAUUUGUAUUGGGUGCUACAAAUCGACCAGAUCUCAUAGAUUCUGCACUUUUACGCCCAGGAAGACUUGAUAAAAGUGUUUAUGUUGGUGGUUGUAAUGAUAAAGAAUCAAAACUGCAUGUCUUAAGAGCAUUAACUAAAAAAUUUAACUUAAAUUCAAAUUUUCAUCUAGAAGAUUUAAUAGACUACUUACCAGACCAAGUAACAGGGGCUGAAUUGUAUGGUAUGUGUCAUAAUGCAUGGCUGAACUGUGCUAGAAGAAUCAUCCAAAAACGACUAACACAUAUUAAUGACGAACAAUGUGCAUCUAAUGAAAAUUUAUUGGUAACCAAAGAGGAUUUUAUGAAAGCAAUGAGUGAAAGUUUUAUUCUAAAAUAACAGUUUUACAUAUCUAAAAAUCAAAAAAUAAAAUAAAAUAAAAAGACUGAUUUUUUUUA